UCCAAACAACUCUCUAGUUAGACUGGAUUCCAAACAAGCCUGCAUUACCAACUACCUUAUAAGAACACUAGCCCCGCCGCCCCCAUCCGCCCACUAGAGACCUGCAAACCUUUCUUAGCUCUCUUUCUCUCUCUAAAAAAUCUUGCAAAGAUUCAUCAUUCAUGGCUAUCACUAAUGCUCAUAUUCUCAGUCUACUGUUUUUCUUAUCUCUUUCUGGUUCUUCAAGUGCGAUUUAUUGCAUAUGUAAAGAUGGAGUGAGUCAAGAACUUCUUCAGAAGAGCAUUGAUUACGCCUGUGGGACUGGAGCUGAUUGUUCGGCCAUUCUUCAAAAUGGUGCUUGUUUCAAUCCAAACACUGUCAAAGAUCACUGUCAUUUCGCUGUCAAUAGUUAUUUUCAGAGAAAGGGACAAGUCUCUGGUAGCUGUGACUUUACCAACACCACCACCACCGCAGUGAACCUCCCUAAUCAAAUUAGCUCAGGAUGUUCAUACCCAACAAGCGCUUCUGGAAAUGUACCAACAGGAACAGGUAAUAACAACAAUAGCAUGAAUCCAUCGGGUUUUGGAAUGGGACCGACAGGUGAUUUUUCAAACUCGGUCGGUGGCUGCCAUUGUUGCAGUACUGUGCUUCUUCUCAUCUCGUGGAUGAUAAUAAUGUUUCUAAUUUGAGGGAUCAAGAUUGGUGUUGAUUUUGUGUGGAUGAAGUUUUGUAGAAAAUGGGGAAUGAAAACAAUCAUAAGAAUUCAGAUUAAUUAGAUCAUCAUCUGUUCAAGCGGAUUAAGCUCAUUUUGCCUGUUUUUUGGGUUCAUUUUAUGAAUGAUUUUCUUUUUCGUGUAUGAACAGACUGACAACAUUGAUGUGUCUCUAGAAUGGAGAAUGAGAAGAUGUAAUCAUUUUUCUCA